GGCCCCGGCCCGGGACCCGAGGUCCCGCACUCCGGCCAGUGAAAGGCGUUUUCCCGUUCCCGCCCUCCUCCCCUCGCUGGCCAGCACCAUGGGAUGUAAUAUGUGCGUGGUUCAGAAACCGGAGGAGCAGUACAAAGUGAUGCUUCAGGUGAACGGGAAGGAGCUCUCCAAGCUGUCUCAGGAGCAAACCCUGGAGGCCCUCCGCUCCUCCAAGGAGCCUCUAGUGAUCCAGGUGCUGAGACGCAGCCCCCGCCUCCGGGGGGACAGCUCGUGCCAUGACCUGCAGCUGGUGGACAGUGGCACUCAGACCGACAUCACCUUUGAGCAUAUCAUGGCGCUGGGCAAGCUGCGCCCGCCCACCCCACCCAUGGUCAUCCUGGAGCCCCCCCCCAUCAGCCAUGAGUAUUAUGACCCAGCGGAGUUCAUGGAGGGCGGCCCACAGGAGGCAGACCGCAUGGACGAGCUGGAGUAUGAGGAGGUGGAGCUGUAUAAGACCAGCCACCGGGACAAGCUCGGCCUGAUGGUGUGCUACCGCACGGACGAGGAGGAGGACCUGGGCAUCUAUGUUGGAGAGGUGAACCCCAAUAGCAUUGCAGCCAAAGACGGCCGGAUCCGCGAGGGAGACCGUAUCAUCCAGAUCAACGGUGUGGACGUCCAGAACCGGGAGGAGGCGGUGGCCAUUCUGAGCCAGGAGGAGAACACCAACAUCUCCCUGCUGGUGGCCCGGCCUGAGAGCCAGCUGGCAAAGCGGUGGAAGGACAGUGACCGGGAUGACUUUCUGGAUGAAUUUGGCUCUGAGCAUGAGGGGGACCUGCGUGCACGGAAGCUGAGAUCCCCCCCUGCCCAGCAGCUUGGCCACGAAGAGGAGAAAGGGGUCCCCGAUACGGGCACGGGUCUGAGCAACAGCCAGGAGCUGGACAGCGGUGUGGGCCGCACUGACGAGAGCACCCGCACUGAGGAGAGCUCCGAGCACGACCUUCUGGGCGACGAGCCCGCCAGUGCCGCCAACACCCCUGGGGCCCUGCGCAAGAGCCGGGACCUGCACUUCAGCAUGGACUCGCUGCUGGCAGAGGGGGCGGGGCUGGGCGGAGGCGAUGUCCCCGGCCUCACUGAUGAGGAGUACGAGCGCUACCGGGAGCUGCUGGAGAUCAAGGGCCACCUGGAGAACGGCAACCAGCCGGGCCUGCUCUUCCCCCGGGCCGCGGGCGGCAAUAGCGCCCUGGACGUGAACCGCAACGAGAGCCUGGGCCACGAGAUGGCCAUGCUGGAGGAGGAGCUGCGGCACCUGGAGUUCAAGUGCCGGAACAUCCUGCGGGCGCAGAAGAUGCAGCAGCUGCGGGAACGCUGUAUGAAGGCCUGGUUGCUGGAGGAGGAGAGUCUCUACGACCUGGGUGCCGGGGAGCCUAAGAAGCACGAGCUGUCAGACAUCUCCGAGCUGCCCGAGAAGUCAGACAAGGACAGCACCAGCGCCUACAACACCGGGGAGAGCUGCCGCAGCACCCCGCUGCUCGCCGAGCCCUCGCCGGAGAGCCCCCUGCGGCGGGCUGCCGCCGGCAGCUCCAACUUGAACCGGACCCCUUCCGGCCCCGCAGUCAGCGCCCACCCCAAGGCAGCUCCCCUGCAGGGGAGCCCCGCCAAGUUCCGCUCUCUUUCCCGGGAUCCCGAGGUGGGCAGGAGACAGCACGCGGAGGAGCGGGUGCGCCGAAGCCCCAAGACGGGCACGACCCUGGAGCGCGUGGGUCCCGAAGGCAGCCCGUACCUGUCUCGGCGCCACCGUGACCAGGGCCAGGAGGGCGAGCACUACCACAGCUGCGUGCAGCUGGCCCCGCCGCGCGGCCUGGAGGAGCGGGGCCAUGGCCCCCUGAGUCUGGCCGCAGGCCCUCGCGUGGGCGGGGCCGCAGUGGCCCCUGAAGCACCCCGCAUGGAGUGGAAGGUCAAGGUGCGCAGCGACGGGACCCGCUAUGUGGCCAAGCGGCCCGUGCGCGAUCGCCUCCUCAAAGCCCGGGCCCUGAAGAUCCGCGAGGAGCGCAGCGGCAUGACCACGGACGACGACGCGGUGAGCGAGAUGAAGAUGGGGCGCUACUGGAGCAAGGAGGAGCGGAAGCAGCACCUGAUCCGGGCCCGGGAGCAGCGGAAGCGGCGCGAGUUCAUGAUGCAGAGCCGGCUGGAGUGCCUGAGGGAGCAGCAGAACGGCGACAGCAAGGCUGAGCUCAACAUCAUCGCCUUGAGCCACCGCAAAACCAUGAAGAAGCGGAACAAGAAGAUCCUGGAUAACUGGAUCACCAUCCAGGAGAUGCUGGCCCAUGGCACGCGCUCUGCCGACGGCAAGCGGGUCUAUAACCCUCUGCUCUCCGUCACCACCGUCUGA